AUGAUGAUUCCCAGCUAUUUGGGCGUGGACGGGCGCAGUCCUGUUAGCCCUAUCACCCCCAUAUCAGAGGACUCGACAGAUGCGGAGGAUCUGCUAGAACCGUCUCCAGAGCAUCCGAUUGCUCAACUACAAGGUCCCUUUGAGGAGUCGAUUCGCGAAACAAAGCACCAUUCUGCAAGUCAGUGGGUGGUUGAUAUCGAUGCCCAGUCCCGCCGUCGAGACUUACUGGAGAAUGAUGAAUACGAACGGCUUUGUGGUCGCAAAUGGCGCCAACGCGCCUCUGAACAGUAUCAUCCGUUUUGGAAGCUGAUCUCCCAAAUGGUGUUUGGAGUCCAUCUGCUGGCCAGGCGACUUGCCAUAUCAGAACCUCAGGUUAUGAAGAUCCUGCAAAGCCAUGUCGAUGAAAUGGAUGGCUUUUUGCAAAGAACCACUGAGGAUUUUCUAAUCAUCCACAUGGAUGUCCGCACGAGGAUCCAAUAUCUAAGUCUUCCCCUGGAGAACUUACAUGUCUUCGAUCAGAUGCUCGAAGAUCGCAAUUUUCGCCUUUCAUUGGUGGCUUACCACGAUCAAAUUGAGCAUGCUGCGAGCCGGUUCACGCUUGCCAUCACCGAUGCCAUCAGGGAUUUGCGCAAGGGCAAAGAAGCAAUCAGUGUCCUAUGGCACUACCUCCUGCAAAUGUCGGAUGAAGGCUGUUUCGAAACCCACAGCCUCAAGGCAUUUUACCAGGCGAUGAUGGACAACCUAGAAGGUUGGCUCGAAGCCUUCUCCAAACUUCGUCGACGCGGCACAUCCCUCCAAAAGGCUCUUGCCCAACUUGCCCUAGCAGUCACAGAGAUGCAACGACGAGUGGGCGUAGCAAGCAGGAAAGACGUGCGCUCAUUCAUUAAGACCCCUAGACCUGCAACUCGCACACGAUCAGUCAGACAGAAACUGUUCUCCCCCCUCCCCUCCGAGAAACCCCUUCCCCGCGACCCCCUACUGAAACCAAAGAACUCAACCAAGCCGGGCGAGGAGGGAAUAGGUACAGAAAAGGGCAAUGUGGGUCGCAGCACUACCAAUGCUACUAAGCGGGAAAGUAACAUACCCAGGGCCCUAAGCCGCGCAAAAUCGUGUAGUGCCCUGGCCAUGGACACCAGUUCCACCUCCACUACCCCCCAGCCACCAGUUCCUCGUCCCAGAACAGCAGGCAGACUGAGCAGAAAACUAUCAAAGCCCUUCCUUCCGAAAAGAUCACUCAGUGAUGGCGAAAAGGCUGAUACUACACAGAAUCGCCCCGUUUCGGCCCCUGCCCGUACCCUCAAGUCGCGCAGCGUCUCCAUGGAACAACUAAAAGCAUUAUGGGCGAAUACGGGUCGUCCCCGAACACAGCAGUCCAUGGCUAAGCCCCCCAUCCCACCCCCACCCCCAAUCCCAGAAUCUCAUCGGGUCUCAAAACAGGAUCCCUCUGAAAAGGAAACCUACGAGUCCAUGAAAGAACAAGUCUCCCAAUUCCUAAAAACGGACCGCGUAGUCGAGGCCUGGGAUACCAUGACUACUAAGACGGGGACAUGCGGUCGAACUCUGACAAAGACCGCCAAGGACUGGCCUUGCAGUAUCUUCCGCGCGAAAUCGCCGAAUGCCUGGCGUGCUCGCUCGAAUCGGGCGGAUCUGGGUGAUGGGCCGGACUUGGAGAGACAGAUGUCUUGGGUGCAGGAUGCGCCGGAGGUGCUGAAUACGUAUUCAUUUAAACAGCGGCCUGAGACGUCGCCACGGAUUCAUGUGCUCUCAGUGCAGAUGACACUGGACGAGGAGAUGAAUGACGAUGAGCUGGUUGGUGGACAUCGGGCGAGUGUGGAUGAGAAUCCUGAUUGUGACUCGGGGUCCAUCAUCACUGCGCUUCCGGCUCUGCCGCCUCCUACUCUUGCUACUAUCCCUUCUGUUGCGCAGGAACAUCGACCAAGGACUGUUGAGUGUGCGCGGGGUUGA